CUCAACAAACAUGACCCGUAACAUAAUGGCAGCAAAGCCGAUUGCAAACCCAGAUCUUCCUCCUGCGCCUUCGGGAAAGUAUCCGGCCAAAUCGCAUGUGCGUCGAGUAGCCAAGUGGAUUGCGGAAAAUGGCGGACCUGCGAGCGGAGUCAUUUAUCUGGAGGGGCAGAGUUUGAAAAUGGUUGAGGAUGACGACCAAGCGACACACUUCAGACAACGUCGACAUUUCUACUACCUCACCGGAUGUGACUUACCCGACUGUUUCUUCGCGUACGACAUCGCAUCUGACACAUCGACAUUAUGGAUUCCACCUGUCGAUCCCGAACAUGUCAUGUGGGCUGGCAUGCCGCUCCUACCAAAGGAAGCCUUGGAACGAUACGAUAUCGACAAAGUCCUAACCAGCGAUGAACUGAAGUCCGGAAAGUCUCUCGUGUCGAUGCUCUCGAAACAGGAAACCGUUGUCCUGGCCAUCGAAGAUCGCGCAGACAUGGCCAUCUUCCACUCCGAAGCCCUCGCAGCUUUCAACCCAUCAAUCAACCUCCUUUGGGCCCGAAAAGCAAUCGAAGCCUGCCGGGUUGUCAAAGACGAUUACGAGAUUGCCCUCAUUCGACACGCUAACAUCGUCUCAUCCUACGCCCACGAGCAAGUCCUCCGCUCUGCACCCAGGGCUACCAACGAGCGAGAACUCAAUGCCGUUUUCGUCAUGCACUGCCACGCCAAUGGAUGCCGCGAGCAAGCCUACGGCUGCAUCUGCGCUGCCGGGUCCUCCGCCAGCAGUCUCCACUACGUGCACAACGACUUGCCCCUCGAAGGGAAACUCAACAUCCUCCUCGACGCCGGCUGCGAGUACAAUUGCUACUGCUCCGAUAUCACGCGGACCUUCCCCAUCACCCGCGACGGCAAAUUCACCCCCGAGAGCAAAGAUAUCUAUAACCUCGUGCUCCUCAUGCAGAGCGAGUGCAUGAAGAUGAUCCGCGCAGGCGUCCUCUGGGAAGACGUCCACAUGACGGCCCACCGCGUCGCCGCCGCCGGCCUCCAAAGACUCGGCAUCUUCAAAUCCUCCCUCAGCGUCGACGAGAUCCUCGCGUCGGAGAUCACCACGCGAUUCUUCCCGCAUGGGCUCGGCCACUACCUCGGCAUGGACACGCACGACGUCGGCGGCAACGCCAAUUACGCCGACACGAACCCCUUCUUCGCAUAUUUGAGAAUUCGUGGGAGACUGCCUGCGGGUGCGGUCGUGACGAAUGAGCCUGGGAUUUAUUUCCGGAAGUAUCCCCUCGAGGCGGAAUUGGAGGAGGGCAAAUGGGACAAGGUCAUUGAUCGGGAGGGAUUGAAGAGGUAUUGGGAUGUGGGAGGUGUGAGGAUUGAGGAUGACAUUUGGGUCAAGGAGGAUGGGUAUGAGAAUUUGACGACGAUUAGGAGCGAUAUCCCAUUUGUGGAGGAGAUGGUUGUUUCGGGUCUUGGUGGGAUGUGAGAGGAUUUGUGUUUGUGGGACCUUGAAUGUUUUGGGCGGAGUCUGGUCUUUUGUUGGGGGAGUUGUUGGACGAAUUGACGGGC